AUGAGUCAUCGAAUCGUCUCCAGCGGCUGUCACCCGGCGGAGUGGAAAAAUAGCGACUUUGCGGCUCUCCGACGGCUGUCACCUGACGAAGAGGAGCUAGAUGAAGGCGGGGCGCAUGUCAGGGAACUUCAUCCUCAGGUCCGCGCAGCAAGAGGAGGCCCUUCAUCGCAUCUGGUAUGCUCUUAGGAGGUGGUGACUUGUCUCCUAGCGGAUCGUCUUCUUCCUGACGACGGCUUGUUCAUCAAUCAAUCGGAGAUGCUUUACUCGAUGGAUUCAUGAUCCUUUUAUCGCAAAUCAUUCAACAAUAUUAGUAACAAUGCUCCGCGAAUCACUUUGACGAGAUUUUUGCUGAUGAUCCAGCGAUUCUAAUUGCUUAAUCCUUCACCGGCGAUCUAUAAGAAAGUCACGAUAAUCAGAUUAAAAAAAUAUGAAUUUUAGCUUUGGGAGGAUUCGAACCCGCGUCGGUUGCCCCGCCCUUUCUAGGGAAGGUGUGACGCGGGUUUAGUCCCACAUCGCUUGUGCGGCGAACUAUCUGGUGAAUAUAUAGUAAUAUUACAUUUCCGAUCAAGUCUCUUUCUCGCAUGUGUAUGACCACUCCUUGCUUCACAGUCAGCUGGCCACCGAUGACGUGGAAGGGGAGUGGCGCACACGUGCCCCUAUCGGUCCAAGCCGCUCGAGCCCUUGCUCAUAGCUACUCCCUGACUACACUUCCGACCUGCUUGCGGGCCCGGCUGGCCGGCAUGUCCCCCUCAUUUUGUUUUAUUUUUAUUUUUAUUUCUUUUUUCUUCAUUUAUCUCAAAAGUAAGAUUGUAAAAAUCAUAUAAAUUUGUAUAAAAUCACAUAAUUACCCAAAAAUUUACGUUAAUCAAUCGAAAACCACUUUUCACACUUUAACACAAAUAUAAGUCUAUUUAUCAUGAGUUAAGGCUAAAACUAUAUUAUUUACUAAUUAUUAACUCAUGAUAAUAAAGACUUAUCAAUUGACCUAUAUUUUAACUAGAAGAGUGAGGUUUUAUAAAUAUUAUUUGCAUGAACUUGGUUGCAUCACGACAAUGUAUUUAACUUCCAAUUAGAAUUCAUCAACUGCAUCUGGUCCCAUACUCUAAUCCCGUGCUAUCUCCCUCCAUGGUUGAGUCUGUGACAUGAUCGACCCACGAGGAGGGUGACACCCUCCAAGUAGUGCAGAUGUCAAAUAGCUCUCACCACUACGAGAGGUCAAAUGGCUCUCACCACUAGGGGAUGUCAUAUGACACCCAUAGUUAGCUUGCACUUGUUCUCAACUUCAUAGUGAUACAUGAGGAGAGUUCCACCAGUGCCAAAAGACUGUGACAAUGGCAAUAGAGCCGAGCAGACGAAGAAGUCGCCUCGCUCACAGGGGUAGUAGGAUAGUAGGAUAGGGGGGUUGGUCUGUCGACGACUUCCGCGGCAGCAACAAGCAACAAGCAACAAGCAACAAGCAAAAAGGGGGAAGGGGUUGCAACACGAGGACUUCCCAGGAGGUCACCCAUCCUAGUACUACUCUCGCCCAAGCACGCUUAACUUCGGAGUUCUGAUGGGAUCCGGUGCAUUAGUGCUGGUAUGAUCGCACCCGAUGUCACAUCCGCCGCAUCCGGUCUCAUUCUCUCCCCCAGCUCUCUCCCUCCACCUCCAUCGCCAAGCCGGGCCCAUGAGACGAUCGACCCACGAGGAGGGAGGCUGACGCCCCUCCGAGCAGCGCAGAUGCGAGAUGGCUCUCGCCGCUGGGGGAGGUCGCACCGCACCCAUAACGCGCGGCCCCCGUCUUCCGAGUCCCUUCCUAAGCGCCCAAACGUGCCCGAAACACUCCCGAAAGUUAGUUAGCUUGCGCUUGUCCUUAGCUUCGUAGCGACAACGCGCUGUAGAGAGCCGAGCGGACGGAGAAGUCGCCUCGCUCACAGGGGUAGUAGGAUAGUAGGAUAGGGGGGUUGGUCUGUCGGCGACUUCCGCGGCAGCAACAAGCAACAAGCAAAAAGGGGGAAGGGGGUGCAACACGAGGACUUCCCAGGAGGUCACCCAUCCUAGUACCACUCUCGCCCAAGCACGCUUAACUUCGGAGUUCUGAUGGGAUCCGGUGCAUUAGUGCUGGUAUGAUCGCACCCGAUGUCACAUCCGCCGCAUCCGGUCUCAUUCUCUCCCCCCGCUCUCUCCCUCCACCUCCAUCGCCAAGCCGGGCCGGGCCGGGCCCGUGAGACGAUCGACCCACGAGGAGGGAGGCUGACGCCCCUCCGAGCAGCGCAGAUGCGAGAUGGCUCUCGCCGCUGGGGGAGGUCGCACCGCACCCAUAACGCGCGGCCCCCGUCUUCCGAGUCCCUUCCUAAGCGCCCAAACGUGCCCGAAACACUCCCGAAAGUUAGUUAGCUUGCGCUUGUCCUUAGCUUCGUAGCGACAACGCGCUGUAGAGAGCCGAGCGGACGAAGAAGUCGCCUCGCUCACAGGGGUAGUAGGAUAGUAGGAUAGGGGGGUUGGUCUGUCGGCGACUUCCGCGGCAGCAACAAGCAACAAGCAAAAAGGGGGAAGGGGGUGCAACACGAGGACUUCCCAGGAGGUCACCCAUCCUAGUACUACUCUCGCCCAAGCACGCUUAACUUCGGAGUUCUGAUGGGAUCCGGUGCAUUAGUGCUGGUAUGAUCGCACCCGAUGUCACAUCCGCCGCAUCCGGUCUCAUUCUCUCCCCCCGCUCUCUCCCUCCACCUCCAUCGCCAAGCCGGGCCGGGCCGGGCCCGUGAGACGAUCGACCCACGAGGAGGGAGGCUGACGCCCCUCCGAGCAGCGCAGAUGCGAGAUGGCUCUCGCCGCUGGGGGAGGUCGCACCGCACCCAUAACGCGCGGCCCCCGUCUUCCGAGUCCCUUCCUAAGCGCCCAAACGUGCCCGAAACACUCCCGAAAGUUAGUUAGCUUGCGCUUGUCCUUAGCUUCGUAGCGACAACGCGCUGUAGAGAGCCGAGCGGACGGAGAAGUCGCCUCGCUCACAGGGGUAGUAGGAUAGUAGGAUAGGGGGGUUGGUCUGUCGGCGACUUCCGCGGCAGCAACAAGCAACAAGCAAAAAGGGGGAAGGGGGUGCAACACGAGGACUUCCCAGGAGGUCACCCAUCCUAGUACUACUCUCGCCCAAGCACGCUUAACUUCGGAGUUCUGAUGGGAUCCGGUGCAUUAGUGCUGGUAUGAUCGCACCCGAUGUCACAUCCGCCGCAUCCGGUCUCAUUCUCUCCCCCCGCUCUCUCACUCCACCUCCAUCGCCAAGCCGGGCCGGGCCGGGCCCGUGAGACGAUCGACCCACGAGGAGGGAGGCUGACGCCCCUCCGAGCAGCGCAGAUGCGAGAUGGCUCUCGCCGCUGGGGGAGGUCGCACCGCACCCAUAACGCGCGGCCCCCGUCUUCCGAGUCCCUUCCUAAGCGCCCAAACGUGCCCGAAACACUCCCGAAAGUUAGUUAGCUUGCGCUUGUCCUUAGCUUCGUAGCGACAACGCGCUGUAGAGAGCCGAGCGGACGAAGAAGUCGCCUCGCUCACAGGGGUAGUAGGAUAGUAGGAUAGGGGGGUUGGUCUGUCGGCGACUUCCGCGGCAGCAACAAGCAACAAGCAAAAAGGGGGAAGGGGGUGCAACACGAGGACUUCCCAGGAGGUCACCCAUCCUAGUACUACUCUCGCCCAAGCACGCUUAACUUCGGAGUUCUGAUGGGAUCCGGUGCAUUAGUGCUGGUAUGAUCGCACCCGAUGUCACAUCCGCCGCAUCCGGUCUCAUUCUCUCCCCCCGCUCUCUCUCUCCCUCCACCUCCAUCGCCAAGCCGGGCCGGGCCGGGCCCGUGAGACGAUCGACCCACGAGGAGGGAGGCUGACGCCCCUCCGAGCAGCGCAGAUGCGAGAUGGCUCUCGCCGCUGGGGGAGGUCGCACCGCACCCAUAACGCGCGGCCCCCGUCUUCCGAGUCCCUUCCUAAGCGCCCAAACGUGCCCGAAACACUCCCGAAAGUUAGUUAGCUUGCGCUUGUCCUUAGCUUCGUAGCGACAACGCGCUGUAGAGAGCCGAGCGGACGGAGAAGUCGCCUCGCUCACAGGGGUAGUAGGAUAGUAGGAUAGGGGGGUUGGUCUGUCGGCGACUUCCGCGGCAGCAACAAGCAACAAGCAAAAAGGGGGAAGGGGGUGCAACACGAGGACUUCCCAGGAGGUCACCCAUCCUAGUACUACUCUCGCCCAAGCACACUUAACUUCGGAGUUCUGAUGGGAUCCGGUGCAUUAGUGCUAGUAUGAUCGCACCCGAUGUCACAUCCGCCGCAUCCGGUCUCAUUCUCUCCCCCCGCUCUCUCACUCCACCUCCAUCGCCAAGCCGGGCCGGGCCGGGCCCGUGAGACGAUCGACCCACGAGGAGGGAGGCUGACGCCCCUCCGAGCAGCGCAGAUGCGAGAUGGCUCUCGCCGCUGGGGGAGGUCGCACCGCACCCAUAACGCGCGGCCCCCGUCUUCCGAGUCCCUUCCUAAGCGCCCAAACGUGCCCGAAACACUCCCGAAAGUUAGUUAGCUUGCGCUUGUCCUUAGCUUCGUAGCGACAACGCGCUGUAGAGAGCCGAGCGGACGAAGAAGUCGCCUCGCUCACAGGGGGAGUAGGAUAGUAGGAUAGGGGGGUUGGUCUGUCGGCGACUUCCGCGGCAGCAACAAGCAACAAGCGAGCAAAAGGAGGGAAGGGGGUGCAACACGAGGACUUCCCAAGAGGUCACCCAUCUUAGUACUACUCUCGCCCAAGCACGCUUAACUUCGGAGUUCUGAUGGGAUCCGGUGCAUUAGUGCUGGUAUGAUCGCACCCGAUGUCACAUCCGCCGCAUCCGAUCUCAUUCUCUCCCCCCGCUCUCUCCCUCCAUCACCAAGCCGGGCCGGGCCCGUGAGACGAUCGACCCGUGAGGAGGGAGGCUGACGCCCUCCAAGCAGCGCAGAUGAUCGACGAACAAGCCGUCGUCGGGAAGCAAAAUUUGACGUGACUCAGUCGUUGUAUGUUAAAUCACGCAAAUAUAAAAUUUAUAAAACUAGAAAAUACGAAUUUUCGGAUAUUUAGAAGUAUUUCUAAAUAAAUAUAUCAAUUAUAAUUCAAUAAAAAUUCCAAAAAUAGCGGUAAUUUUCCAGGUCGAUCACAGGGAUGUAAUAUAAUAUCUGGUAAUUAUUCAGAAUUUUUCUCAAUGAGUACGAUUUUCUUAUGAAUUUUAUACUAGGAAAUAAAAAGGAAAUAUAUUUAAAAUUCACAAAAAAAGAGGAAAUAAGGGUGCGGACGUCAGGAUGACGUCAGCGCCCGGCGAACGCGAAUCAGGCGGAAACACAGUUCCGCCCGGCGAUUCUUACGUAGGCGAUUACAGACGACUCAAUUAAUCAAAUUAAGAUCUGUAAAAGCCGGAAGAAUCGUAGUUGAACGAAGUAUAGUUUGGUAAAUAAAAAUCAACAAAGUAUCACUAAAUGAAGCGUAAAUUAAAUUGAAAGCAGGAAAACAGAGUUCCGGCGUCGCGACGGCGAUGCGUCGGCGAUGCACCGGAAUCCUGAGCGUUUGGGAGGAUCGUCGUGCAGUGUCCACGGCCUCGAAGGCUCUCCUUGGACAAAGACGACGUGGGCAAUCUCUAGAUAAAGCAGGAAAACAGAGUUCCGGCGUCGCGACGGCGACGCGUCGGCGAUGCACCGGAAUCCUGAGCGUCCGGGAGGGUCGUCGUGCAGUGUCCACGGCCUCGAAGGCUCUCCUUGGACAAAGACGACGUGGGUAAUCUCUAGAUCUUCUCGCGAAGUCUAGAGACCAAUGAAGUGGGUCGUCGAAUCGUCUCCGGCGGCUGUCACCCGGCGGAGCAGAAAAACGGCGACUUUGCGGCUCUCCGGCGGCUGUCACCCGACGGAGAGGGGCUGGAUGGAGGUGAGGCGCGUGUUAGGGAGCUUCAUCCUCAGGUCCGCGCAGCAAGAGGAGGCUCUUCAUCGCAUCUGGUACGCUCUCAGGAGGUGGCGACUGGUCUCCCGGCGGAUCGUCCUCUUCCCGACGACGGCUUGUUCGUCGAUCAAUCGGAGAUGA